CCCUUGUAUAACGAACGUCUAAAUUGCUUGGCAGGUACGGGCUACGUAUGCCAGACCUCCAAAAGUUCGUAGCGAUUCGUAACCUUAAGUGAGACAGCUGACAGCUGGACUUUUGUACAUUUAUUUUGUACAUUUUACAUCUUAACCUUCUACAACCAUCCAUACACUUACGACUCACGAUCACGACCACCACACAGGUCCCAUGCGCGGCGAGAUUCCUGCCGUCGCGACCCUUUUCUUCUUCCCUUGUUCUCUUUGAAUCCAAUUGACCACUGAGACAUCGCAAAGAUGAAGUCGCUAAUCUCCUUCGUCGUCCUCUUCUGGGCCGCUCUCGUCCACGCCAUCAGCUCUAGCGGGGAUAGGCUGCUGGUCGUCCUCGAGGAUGUCGCCGAGAAAGAAGGUUAUUCUAAGUUCCUGGGCGACCUAGAAGGCCGAGGAUUCCAGAUUAACUACGAGACACCAAAGAGCGACAGCCUACGAUUGUUCAACCUAGGCGAGAAGUCCUACGACCACGUUCUAUUCUUCCCCACCAAAUCUAAGGGCCUUGGUCCACACCUAACACCCAAGAUUCUUCUCGACUUCAUCAACGCAGAUGGCAACAUCCUCCUAGCCCUCUCGGCCUCUCAACCCGCUCCAACAUCACUUGUUUCUCUACUACUCGAAUUAGACAUCCACCUACCGCCCGACCGACAGGGACUCGUAGUCGACCACUUCAACUACGACGUCUUGUCCGCUCCGGAGAAGCACGAUGUGCUGCUGUUGUCACCCCCUGGAGCUCUACGACCUGACGUUAGAGACUUAUUCAGCCCGCCAACUCCAAACGGUGAGCUCAUCGCUUUCCCUAGCGGGACUGGCCAGACCCUCGGAGCGGGUUCCCUCCUCACGCCGAUCUUGCGCGCUCCCUCCACAUCUUACAGCUACAAUCCGAAAGAACAAGCCGAAACCAUCGACGACCUCUUCGCAAGCGGCGACCAGCUGUCCCUCGUUAGCACCAUGCAAGCCCGUAACUCCGCCCGCUUCACCGUCCUCGGCUCCGCCGAGCUGUUAAGCGACAAGUGGUUCGACGCCAAGGUGAAGAAGGUCGGCGAAACGAAGGAGGUCGCUACCGUCAAUCGCGAGUUCGCCAAGUUGCUGUCGGGUUGGACGUUCCAGGAGAUUGGCGUCCUGAAAGUGAACUCGGUUACGCACAACUUGAACGAGGCUGGUCAGAGCAACGCUAGUAACCCUAAGAUCUACCGUAUCAAGAACGAUGUCACCUACUCUAUCUCUCUUUCCGAGUACGUCUGGGAUAAAUACGUCCCCUUCGCUGUACCCGAGUCCGAUGCGCUUCAACUCGAAUUCAGCAUGCUGUCUCCUUUCCACCGUCUGAACCUCGCCCCCACAGUCGACGACGGAGAUAGCGGCAAGGUGUACUCGGUCUCAUUCAAGCUACCGGACCAGCACGGCAUCUUUAACUUCAAGGUCAACUACAAGAGACCCUUCCUUACCAACGUCGAAGAGAAGGUAACGGUGUCGGUGCGCCACUUCGCCCACGACGAAUGGCCCCGCAGCUACGUCAUCAGCGGCGCCUGGCCCUGGCUCGCGGGUAUUAGCGCUACUGUCACGGGUUGGCUCGGCUUCUGCGCCAUUUGGCUGUAUAGUAAACCUGUCACUGAGGCAGAAGAGAGCAAGAAGACGCAGUAAGGGAGCUGAAGUUCCAACUUAAGGUUAAAAGGCAUACGCGCCUAGUGAGGGGAGGACAGGGAACGGGAGGUUUACCAACAAAAGGGAUAUGUGGGCUUAUGACGGUGUCUGAAAAUGCGUGGACAUACCUGGAUGGAUAUGGACGCGAGACAUGGACACGGAUUUGCUCGGAUGGGUUGCAGAUAACGAAAUGAAUAAAAUCGUUUGAGAUCUAAUUAUCCUCCUAGACUACGUCUAUGCCGUUGGGUUCGCGGCCAUUAGUUGGCUUGACUGCGGGAUUGACUACCUACCUAGGUAUCUAAGGUGUUAGUGGUGCGAAUUAAAUUGUGAACUAUA